GUAACAAAAAUAUUCGUUUGGCAGGAUCUAUAAUUCCUCUAGAAGGCCGAGUUGAAGUAUACCACAAAGGGGAAUGGGGCACAGUGUGUAGCAAUGGCUGGAGUUCCCACGACAACAACAAAGAUGUCGUGUGCAGGGAGCUUGGUUUUGUUCAGGGUCGCGCAGUUAAUCACGAGUAUCCGGGGACUGGGACUGUCUGGUUAGAUGGUGUGGUAUGCAGUGGUAACGAGGGAUCAAUCUUUGGUUGUACUCAUAAGACCAUGGGUGACAAUAGUUGUAGUCAUGAUCAAGAUGUCACUGUUCAGUGUAAGUCAGUGAACCCUAAAUAUAACUGAACUAAUAUCUCCAGUCGGACAGAGCGUCAUCAUAUAGGUUUCUCUCAACAAUAUCGUGAAGCAGAUGGUGGUCAAACUGCAGUUAUCAGAGUGAAAAAAUAAUGUUCAUUCUUUUCAGUAUAUUGUAGUAGUCUUGUAUUUGGUGGCAAAUAAAUAGAAUUGGAAGAUGUAGUUUAAUUUUUCUUGCUACUAUAAGUGUCAACAUUUCUAAGGUCUGCUGUCCUGCAACUCUUAAGCCGGUUACAGACGAGCAAGUUCUCUAUGACAAGUUUUGAUGUGACAAGUUUUAUUUGCCAAGUGCACGUGUGUAUAUGCAACAAAUUUUAUAUGACAAGUUUUCAUAUCAUGACAAGUUUUAUUUACUGGUGUGAACGUGUCAACAAGUUUACUUUGACAAUUUAUUAGUAGCCAGCUGGCCAAUCACAUCAAAUGCUCAGAUUACUUUGACAAGUUUUCUUUGUUGACCCAUACAGACGAACAAAAUUUGCACUUUGACAAUUUUUUCUAUGACAAGUGCACUUGUUCAAAAGCUAGCAGGCUAGCUUUUGAACAAGUGCCCUUGUCAUUGAAAAAAUUGUCAAAGUGGUGCGUACAGAUGAGCAAAUAAAACUUGUCACAUAAAAACUUGUCAUAGAGAACUUGCUCGUCUGUACCGGCUUUACAGAAAUCUACCGAUUGUGUAGCUACGGGCAGUCGAUUUAGGAUCAAGAUGGCGUCGUAAUUGUUGAAAUGGUCUAUUCCAUUUCAGGCGAGGUAUGCAAGCGACCAAUAGUAUCAUCAGCUAAAAACCUUGUACAUGACUGGUCGUUUAGUGCUUCCACAUAUCGAGAUAAAAACCCACCACACCUCGCUCGGCUCAAAUCUACAGCAGACUGGUGUCUACCUGAAGUUAUUGAUAUGGACUUUGAACAUUACUUAGAGGUGGAGUUGCCACGUCUGUAUCUAGUGUCAGCGGUUGCUACCCUGGGAGGUGUGACGUAUGCAGAACACGUGACGUCAUACAGGGUAACGUACAGUAUUGAUGGUCGUGAAUGGAAAAAUUCCUCAGUGGAUGGACGUCAGGUAUGAUCAAAGUUCCUAUCAUCGAGAGUAGCAACCUCGUGCCCAGGAUCUUCCUCUUGGCGAGGGGAGAAAAGACCCUGGUAGACGCUUCACACGUGAUUUGCUAAAAUCUAGCAGAUUUUUUAUUAGCAAUCCAAGACGAGGUCAAUAAAUAUUUGAUAUUUGGAUGAUUUUUAUAGUUUAAUUUAUAAUUUGCAUUUUGUAUGUCGUCGUAAAGGAAUCCAAGAAAUAUCCAAGAUAGUUAAUUAGAAAUUUAGCAGAUCACGUGACCAGCGUCUACCAGGGUCUACACGCAUGCUUCUAUGAACUUUCUGUCAUAGAGUUAUGAGAUAACUUCGUGUCCGAAGGCAGAAGUCAAGAUAUGUGAUUAAUUCAUCAUUCAAUACUAUCACAAUGCAACACACAAAAAUUUGAAAUUGAUGCGCGUGCAAUGGCCAAACUAACCCAACCACACCUUAUACUAGGGACUUCUUCUCUCCCCAGGUAAUCAAGGGUAACACAGCAUCUGGAAACGAGGACGUUCAAACAAGAUUAUUUGACGACGCCAUCAGAGCUAAGUUCAUCAGAUUUCUUCCUCUGGAAUGGGGAAGUGUGGCUUGCAUGAGGGUUGACGUUUGUGGACACCGUAAGUUGAAAUCUUAGUUUUGUUUUUGAAACGAGUUCCGCACGUGAAGAGGAAUGAUUAUGGGUCGGUUCAAACCUGGUUUCCCAGAGACAGAUCACAGCUUUAUACUCGCAUUGUAAAAUUUAUCCUAAAGACAGGUAGAUGGCCUGUAAAAGAACUUGGGAAAAGAGAAGAUAGUUAAUCUAAUAACCUGUCUGUGUAUAAACACGACAAACGAACUGACUUGCACAAGUAGUUCCUCUUGACGGAUAAUGAAUUAACCAGCUAUAAUUUAAUAAUAAUAGUUUUGUUUGUGGAAACACCACGUAAAUUUAUUACUGCAAAGCUUUCGAUCCGUAAGCCCGAAUCUUCAUCAGUGCUAAUAAUAUGAAGAUCCGGGCUUACGGAUCGAAAGCUUUACAGUAAAGAAUUUACGUGGUGUUUCCACAAACAAAACUAUUAUAUUUUAUCGCCAUGCAAACAUACAAAGAACAGCUAUAAUUUGUUCCCAAAACCAUUGCCGGUAAGGACAGCGCUACUCUACCUUAUUUGACUAGAAUGUGACUUGUCAUGUUACCGGAGGCACAUUGUGGAUAUCGCGUCUUAUAUUAUCAAAUUCUCUUCUACAGAACUGCCCCAUUACCCAACAGUUAUUGUAAAAGAGCGCGUAUCAUCUGCUAUCUUGUCCUGGUCAACCCCAGACCCAGGCGACGAAGCCAUCAAGAAAUAUUACGUCAGAUAUUGGAAAACAAAGGAAGGAAAAACUUCACAGAAAAUGUUUGAGAGCGUAGCGACUGCGGGAGUUCUCGUCCACAAUCUCAACCCAUAUACGGAAUACCAGCUUGAGAUCUCAGGAGUGAGCGACCUUGGUGAAGGACUGGCACGAGUCAGUCAGUUCAAGACUCUUGAAACAGGUUGGAGGCACUGGUCUUAAGAUAGCACUGGAUAGAUUUGAUUUAAUUCUUUGAAGCCAGACUAUUUAAAACGACUACAAUGAGUAAAGGUUUAGGCAAAAUGCCGGCGUUUUUUUUGCAAGAAAUAACGUGAAAUGUAUAUGGCUUCCCAUAGUUCUUUUCAUGUUCUGAAACGUUUUAAAAACUAAAUAACGAGCCUUUAGACGGUCAUAUUGGACUGACCAUUAGUUAUUUAAUGGCGAAUUUAUUAAGGAAGAGAACACCAACGACCAAUUUCUAUCUAGACAAAUAAAAAACAAAAUGUUUCCUGUCCCACCAACAGCGGUAAGAAUUUUUGACAAGAAUUCUGGAAGUUUAGCAAGGAAAUGGUCGGACAGAAUGCAACAAAGACGCGCAAAUUAUUCUCUGACACCCCCCCCCCCCCUAGUUUUUUUCCUCCCGUACGCCAUUGGUUUCAUUUAUGCAUAGGCCAAUCGACAGGAGCCGUCAGUAUUAUGACCUCGUCCUGACGUGUCCGCCAUUCGAACCAACUUUGAAGUAAAUAUUUUUGUUCUUUUAGUCCCUUCCGGUUCACCGACACGCAUUACAUUCAAAUUCCUGGACGAUACCGCUGUGAAUAUAACGUGGGCACCACCAGAUGAAGACAAAAGAAACGGUGAUAUUAUUGCUUACGUCAUUUGCUUUCCCGCGAAAACUGGCGGCGGGAAUUGUAAGGAUCCCAUAUCCGUCCCAGGCUCUCAGACGUGGUAUGUCCUGCGCGGUGGGGAUUUUAGUUCCCAGCGUGUUGUCGAGAUUCGGGCGCAAACUAAGGAAGGAAUAGGACCGGUCGGGCAAGCGACAACUGGUAGGUCGUAACAUUUCAACAUCAUUUCAUUUUGGGGGUCAGUAGUCAAGCGCGUCUAGUGAACCCAUCCCCCUGAUGAAAUUUUCUGUCAGUUGUCAUUUAUGCAAAGCUACGUAUGGCAGAUAUUCAUUCUUGUAUCUUAUUUCAUAUAGGAGUGUUGGAAUAUACACCACCAGAAGGUGAGUAUAACUUUCCUGUGUUGUUAGACGGAUAGACACACGAAAAAUGGGAAUGUGUCUGACACAUUUCAGUCGCUUGUCCGCGAGUUAACCUUGGUGAGCUCUGUGAAGACAAGAUGGCGGCCAUUGACGUCCAAUAGCUCCCGAAGGUCGUAAACAGUUUUUAUACCAUUUUUCCCAGCUAAUUCCAGUUUUUUCUUCUAACGGACCGUAUCGCUAACCAAGCUAUCAGUUCAUAAAACCGUAGUAUUAAGGCCCAUACAGACCCAGGACGCGAUUCGGCAACGCGACGCGAAUUUUCAAUUUUCAAUGACACUUAAAAUUAAUAUUUUUCUAUGUUUUUCAAAUAUUCGGAACCACUUAAGCAAUUUUAGCUGUUUGGUCUGCAUAUCUUGUAAAAUUUUUAUCCUUCGACGGUUUUAUUUGGUUUUAAAAAUUGAAAAUUCGCGUCGCGUUCUCGAACCGCGUUCGGUCUGUGUGGGCCUUUAUUCUUUAAAUCGAUGUCAAAAUUUCGGCACACUCCUCGCCAAGAUGGCGGGAAUAGAAGGAGCUAUUGGUUCCCAGUGCCAGUCCCUUUCUAGGCGCGGUUAACACGAAGCUGGCUUCACUUUUUGGACUCGAGUUCUCGCUCCAGUAUAUAUAGAGCUCACUGGUUAACUUUGCUUCCUUUCAGACGUCGCCCUGUCUCUCAUCAUAGCGAUAGCAUGCGGUGUUUCACUGCUCGCUCUGAUUGUGCUUGUCGUUCUUGCUUUCAAGGGAGUCAUUUUGAAAAACUUUGUCAGUAAACUAAGGUGAGUUCAUAUAUCUGUAGUUGCAAAAUUCAGCUCGCGUAUUUGAUGCAGAAGACCAGACAACAUCACUGUUUUGUACGUUUGGACACGUCUAAGUAUGGACUAGAACAGGUAUCAAAAUGGAGUAAAAAAAAUCAAAAUGGAGUCUGUAUAUAUUUGAAUGCUGUUCUUAGGGUUUGUAAUCCAAGUGAGUAUAUAUAUAUACAUUUUCAGACCUGACCAGGAACGACUGCGAAAAAUGCAGCACAAGGUCCUCUGGUAGGAAUUGAACCUACGGCCCUGCGAUUAUUUUUUCCUGAUAUUUUUUUCCUGGUUAUUUUUUCAUGAUAUUUUUUCCUCAGAUUUGUAUAAAAGUGCAGUAUAAGAUCAGAGGAACACUCCCCUCUCCCCUCUUGGGAACAUCUCUGCUAAAAACAUCCGUGUAACUCCUCGUAUUUCCAAUUUUCUUCAGAAAACUAACCAGUUCCCAGAUCACAAUCUCGCUAAAAAGCGAUUCAUACAACAAGAAAAACGAAGCUCCACCCUACGCUCUCCCCGAUGAAGAAACCCAUACGGCACAAAAUAUUUACGGUACUUCAAACCAAGAAGUCCCAGAAUUUCUAUACGAUAGUCUCGACAAUGUACGAAACCAAACGUUUGCUGAAGAAAAUAUUUAUGCUAACUCGAAUAACCCUUCGUAUUCCACGCGAGACCAAUUCGGGUACCCCGCGUGUGAACAACACGCGAGACCCCACGAAGCAACGUUCAAUCCGGAAUAUGGAAACAACGCACAAGAUCCUCUAUAUCAAAUCGAUAUUUCACAAACCCUCGAAGACCCGUACAGUAUGAAUCCCUCGCCGCGCGUGGACAACUCGCACGAUAUCUACACUGUGCGUGAUCAAUUCGUGGAGGACUCGUGGGAUUGCACCCAAGGCCCAGAUGUAGUCAUAAAUCCAGAACUCGACAACAUUUAUAUCUAUGAACAUCUUGCCGCGGUACAAGGUCACAUGAACAAAGUAUAA